GUUUAUUGCCACUGAAAUCUUGAAUUGAGCUAACACUGUUUUCCGAUAAGCCGUUUUGUUCAGAUUGAACGCAGUAGAGUUAUUUGGUAUUGAUACGAACAGGAGUGUAUAUAUAAUGGAAAACCAUAUAUUUCGAAAACUACCGUAGGAGAUGUCUCAUUUAUCAUAAGGUCAUUAUUGGAGUUAAAAAAAGUGAAAGUCUCCGUGUCAAUGAAAAUUAUCAUAUUGUAUGUAUGAAUGGAUCAGAACACGACAAAAUGGACUUGCUUUAUUGAAGUGUUAUCUAAGUUUCUGAAUACAUUUUGAAGAAUAGAAUCAUAAUAGUAAAAAGAAAAUGUUAAAUAAUUUUUAAUUGAAUAUUUUUAAGUCAAUGGGAUACAUACAGACCAGUGAUACAAUUAUUAUAAUUUUUCAAAACCAAAAAGGAUUAAUGUAGUAUGCUUAUCACGAGAAGUUUGCUUUGUCAGCAAGACAGAUGAUUGUAUUUUUCAUGAUUUAAAUGUUUUACAUUUGUUACGUUAGAAUGUAAAAAGAUGAAGAAAGGAAGACUUUUAAUUACGAUAAUUUGAAAUAGACUGAUAUAAAUUAAACCAUGCAAUGGGUAACGUUUAACAGCGAAACUGCAAGAAAAAUAUCAAAGUUAUUUAAGUAAAUAAUGGGGUGCAUUCAAUCAGGCAAACGUCGUUUGUAUUCGGACAACAUGAAACAGCUUUCAGUAAGGAGUGAAUCAAAAUACGUGGCUGAAAAUAGACCCGACCUAACGGAAGAACAUAAACAAAUUGUCCGAGAAACAUGGGAUAUAAUCAAGCUGGAUAUAUCUCGAAUCGGUGUUGUUAUGUUUAUGAGGUUGUUUGAGAAGUACCCGGAUGUCCAGCAACUGUUCGUACACUUCCGUGGAUUGUCACCUGAUGAGCUACAGAACAAUAUGAAAUUAAGAGAUCAUGGGUUGCGCGUGUUGAACACAUUGGACAAGUGUAUUACACGGAUUGAUGAAACAGAAAGACUUGAGAAACUGCUGCUUGAACUUGGCCAGAAACAUGUUAUAUAUAAGAUUAAAGUAGAAUAUUUAUAUUUACUUGUGCCCCAACUGCAGCAAGCACUGAUGCCUGUUCUAGGAGAUUCAUGGACUUAUCUGGUGGAAAGCGCGUGGUCAGCUUUUCUCAGAUAUAUCAUUCAUAUUAUGGCGGAGGGUAUGGUUUCAUAGCAACUCAGAACAACAUACAUCUUUUUAAAAAUCGGCUUAAUGACAGAGAACAGUUACAUAUAUUGCUGCAUUCAAUAUCUGUUUACUGAAAAUGUAUAAUUUCUAAUAAGCUUUAGCAAUGAACAACAUUAUAUGUAACAUUAGAAAUUGUUAAAUGAAACUGUUGACCGUUGCUUCUUCGACAAGGUGUGCGCUAACUGCAUUGUACAUCGCUGAUUUUCAGAACAGUGUCCCAUAUCCUAGUACAAUAAUGCAAAUGGAAUACACCAUGCUUUCAAUGAAUUCUGGAAAAAUAAGUGGCACUCAAGAAACAAUGCGUUCACUCUUGAUUUGAUAAAGAAGUGAUAUUUGUUUAACUGAUUAAGUAACAACACUUACUAGUAUUGCCUCAUGUUUUCUAAGAAAUAAAUAUUUAUGCUUUCAUAUUCUGAAACACUUUCGCUUCCUGAGUUAUACAAUUUUCAUUUUCUGAAAGCAAUGUGAGUAACGUACCAAAGAGAUUCGCAAUGAAAGCGGCUGCCGUAAACUGCAUGUAUUCUCAGAGGUAGCCCUAUUAUUUAAUAAUGCACUGUUUAUACGCAGAAUAUUUAGUUCGUAAGUUAUGAUUACUAUUAACAGUGUCAUUCUCUUUUAUGACCUUGAUAGUUUGAUACUAUUGAAAAGCUAUAUAAUAAAAUAGCGGUGUUCUGUGAAAAAUGAUUUGA